AUGGUAGUGAUCGCUGUUUCCAUCAUUACAAGGCAAGGAAAACCCUUGCUUUCCAGGCAGUUUAGGGAUAUCAGCAAGGACCGUGUAACGGAGCUUCUCUCGAACUUUCAGGGACUGGUUAGCAGUUCUUCCUCGCAACACACCUUUGUAGAAGAUGAACAUGUCCGCUACGUUUACAAGCCGUUUGACGAUUACUACAUCAUUUUGAUUACGAAUCGACAGUCGAACAUAAUCCAGGACUUGGAUACAUUGAAGCUGUUUGCACAGAGUAUGAACUCAUAUUUAAGCAGUUUUGAUGAGCAGGAAAUCUUCGAGAACGCGUUCGAAAUUUUGGGUUCGUUCGACGAAGUCAUAACCAUGGGCUACAAAGAAAACCUGUCUUUGACGCAGAUCAACACAUAUCUGUCUAUGGAAUCACACGAAGAGAAAAUUCAAGAGAUUAUUGAGCGAAACAAAGAGUUCGAGGCAGCAGAAGAGAGGAAGCGGAGAGCCAAGGAAAUCUCCAGAAGAGAACAUGAACGGAAAAUGGGUAUACCCUCUACUAACGGUUUAGAUGCCAUGCGUUUUCACUCGUCAAACGACCCCAAUUUAUCCAACGCGUACAGUAGUUAUUACAGCCAAGCUUCCGCUGCAGCUCAGCAGUCGUAUUAUCAGACACAACAAAAAAGCACGGCUGCUGCAGACAUUCCGGUCAAUGUUUCGGACAGUCCGGUAGGAGGUGGUAGAGGACUCAAACUUGGCGGCGGCAGGAAAAGCGGCCUGAGCGCUGCGGCGUCUCAGUUACAACAGCCUGCUAGACAGAGCACAUCUACAGUCUCAGCCUUGCAGAUUGAGGAACCCGAGAAGCCGGCCAACAACGGUAUUUUAAUCUCCGUAAAGGAACUUAUCAGCGCACAAAUUUCACGCGAGGGCAAUGUUCAAAGUUCUGAGCUCAAGGGUAGUUUGGAGUUGCGUGUGAACAACCAGGAAUUGGCUCAUGCCAGAAUCAGCCUACCUUCACAUAUUGACGCCAAAGACAAGUCUUUCCAAUUCAAGACGCAUCCUAAUAUUGACAAAAACUUGUUUUUAACCUCUGGCGUCAUUGGACUGCGGGACCAAAAGAAGGCAUUCCCAUUCAACGACCAAAGUCUGGCUGUUCUCAGGUGGCGCAAAGUAGGGGUUACUGAUGACGCCGCUUUGGCACCAUUGCGCAUUUCUUCAUGGGUGUCUCCGUCUGCAACUGAUCCAGGUCUGUUUGAUGUCACAUUUGAACUUGAAACUGCAGAGGAGUAUGCGGAAGACCUUGAUGAUGUUCGUGUGGCGAUUCCAAUCUACACUGAAAACGUCCGUAUCAACGAGGAUUUCAAUGAUUUAGGCGCUACUGUUGGGAGCGUUGACGACGAGAAUGGAGUGAUUAUCAAGAUUGCUACCAUAAAAGCGGGCACGACAGGUGCUGUGUCACUCACGCUCGAAGCAGAAUACGAAGACGCUUUCUUCCCUGUUUCCGUCGCUUUCAGCAACUAUAGAGCUCACAAUUCCUUUACAGGCAUGGGUGUUGGCCAGGUAAUGAGCUCUCAAGAAGAAGACGGCGCUCAACUUCCAUUCGACGUCACUGCAAGUCUGAAAUCCGAAGAGUAUUCUGUGGUCUAA